AGACUCGAAUGAAUCAUAUUCUUUGGCUCCUAUACCACCGCUAUAAAAGUAGGGAGAACUGGUUGCUAUGGAGAUGAAUUUUGUUUGAUCUAAAUUGAUUCAAUAUCCGCAUACUCUACCGCCAGUUAAUGCCAGAUAAAUUACAUAUUUCCUAUAUCGAGGUUUAUGCUCGCGAAAUAGAAUUUUGUUAUAAAUGGGUUCAUGCCGGACAGAAAUACCAGAAAUACAACUACCGGUUUGUUUGAGCUUCUCAAGUUCCGCUUUUGAUUAACAUAAAAGAAGUAAAUGUCUCGCUCGGUGUAAAGCGGAAAUGGUAAAUGAAAAAGAGUUCUGGGUUGAAAUUCGAAAGGACAUUCCAAGAUAUAACAGGAAGCCAAGGGUCGUGCCAGCUUUUACGAUUCAAGCAUUGCAGGAAAAUACGGUUGUUGCCAAACCUCCUAAAUGCGGUUUAUAUAAACCGCGGCCGCCAAAACCAUCGACCUUUCGACAAUUCUACAGUCGCGGAGUAUUCCCAAUUUCAAUGGAAAACGACGGCUAUGGGCCGAAGAUCAAUUGGAAAGUUAAAAUUGAAGAGUUAGAUUUUCAACAUUACCUUCCUCUUUUUUUCGACGGUUUGACGGAAACCGAAUAUCCGUACAAGUUUUUGGUCGAACAAGGAAUAUCUGACAUGCUGGAACACGGUGGUCCAAAAGUGUUGCCAGUGGUACCGCAAUUAAUUAUUCCUAUUAAAAAUGCUCUGAAUACAAAAGUGCCGGCAAUAAUAUGUAACACCAUGAGAACCUUACAACGGCUGGUCCGUUCCGCUGAUUGCGUGGGCGAGGCGUUGGUGCCAUAUUUUAGACAAAUUUUACCUAUUCCCAAUUUACUUAAAGAUAAAAAUGUAAAUCUUGGAGAAGGUAUAGAUUAUUCUCAACAAAAGGGAGAGAACGUCGCAGAUCUAAUACAAGAAACUCUUGAAGUGUUAGAAAGGUACGGAGGUGAGGAUGCGUUCAUUAACAUAAAGUAUAUGGUUCCAACGUAUGAAUCUUGUAUGAUGAAUUAAAAUACUCUAACUGUG